AUGAAGACCAUUUCCAGUCUCGCACUUCUUAUCGCCCUCUUCUUGGGCAAUGCUGCCGCCUUUAUGACUGCUCCCUCCAAGGCUGCUGUCAAGGUUGACACUCCAGAAGAAUCCUCUACGUCGUUGAAGUACGGUUAUGGAAUGAGCCGCUACGGAUCACCUUCUUAUGGAGGUAACGAUGGAUGGGGCAGCUACGACCGAAUGAACAGCUAUAACUACAAUGGAUACUAUGGCCGUGGAUACGGUGGAGGCAUGGGUGGCUACGGUGGUGGCUACGGCAUGGGUGGAGGAUACGGCGGAUACAGCAACAUUGGUUACGGUAGUGGCUAUGGAGGAUACGGAGGAGGCUACGGCAUGAGUGGAUACGGAAGCGGCUAUGGCGGAGGUUACGGAAGCGGCUAUGGAAGUGGCUACGGUAGCGGCUAUGGAAGUGGAUAUGGCCGAGGAUAUGGAGGAGGCUACUCCAGCAUUGGAUACGGAGGCAUGGGUGGAUAUGGUGGUGGUUACGGAGGAAGCUACGGACCAUACUCCUCUGGUUACGGAUACGGUGGCCGAGGUGGCAGCUACGGUCGCUACGGAGGAAACUGGUGGGACUAUUAG